UCUCUACACACUCCAACCAUUUAUUUUUACUCACGCUAGCGUUCUCGAAGAGGGACGAAAGCCCCCCUAAAACCCUAGAGAGAGACCCUGUGUUCUGUUACACGGAGCGGAGUCGGCGAUGGCGUCCGCAGCGUUGAUCCGAAACUUGAGGCGGCGAGAGCUAUCGUUUCCUCUGUUAUCGCGUCUCAGAACCCUUCCUGAAAUCACUAAGCCAUCUUGGACUAGUUCUCAUCCGAGCAGCAGAUGGGCAAGUUUUGCUAGACCAUUCAGUUCAAAACCUGCUGGGAAUGAUGUAAUUGGGAUAGAUUUGGGGACGACCAACUCUUGUGUAGCUGUUAUGGAGGGAAAGAAUCCCAAAGUUAUUGAGAAUUCUGAAGGAGCACGGACCACACCAUCAGUUGUUGCUUUCAAUCAAAAGGGUGAACUUCUUGUUGGGACUCCUGCAAAGCGACAGGCAGUGACCAAUCCAACUAACACAGUUUUUGGAACCAAGCGAUUGAUUGGCCGCCGAUAUGAUGAUCCUCAAACUCAGAAGGAGAUGAAGAUGGUUCCUUAUAAGAUAGUAAAGGCUCCCAAUGGAGAUGCAUGGGUUGAGGUUAAUGGACAGCAGUAUUCCCCCAGUCAGAUUGGUGCCUUUAUCUUAACGAAGAUGAAAGAAACUGCUGAAUCCUACCUGGGAAAAUCAGUUUCAAAGGCAGUGAUAACUGUCCCAGCAUAUUUCAAUGAUGCUCAAAGGCAGGCCACAAAGGAUGCUGGGAGAAUUGCUGGCCUUGAUGUGCAAAGGAUAAUCAAUGAACCAACUGCUGCAGCUCUUUCUUAUGGGAUGAAUAACAAGGAGGGUCUCAUUGCAGUCUUUGAUCUUGGAGGUGGAACUUUUGAUGUCUCUAUCUUGGAAAUUUCAAAUGGCGUGUUUGAGGUUAAGGCUACAAAUGGUGACACGUUCCUAGGUGGAGAAGAUUUUGAUAAUUCAUUGUUGGAGUUCUUGGUUAGUGAAUUCAAGAGGACAGAGGGAAUAGAUCUCUCAAAGGACAGGUUAGCCUUGCAAAGGCUUCGUGAAGCUGCUGAAAAGGCCAAGAUUGAACUUUCUUCAACAUCACAGACUGAGAUUAACCUCCCAUUUAUAACAGCUGAUGCAUCAGGAGCAAAGCAUUUAAAUAUUACUUUGACAAGAUCAAAAUUUGAGUCCUUGGUGAAUAGUUUGAUUGAGAGGACUAGAAGUCCAUGCAAGAGUUGUUUAAAGGAUGCUGGGAUAGCUUCUAAAGAUGUAGAUGAGGUCCUUCUUGUGGGCGGUAUGACCAGAGUGCCUAAAAUUCAGGAAGUAGUUCAAGAAAUAUUUGGGAAGAUCCCAAGCAAAGGUGUGAAUCCUGAUGAAGCUGUUGCAUUGGGAGCGGCCAUUCAAGGUGGUAUUCUUAGAGGAGAUGUCAAGGAAUUGCUUCUCUUAGAUGUCACUCCAUUAUCUCUUGGAAUUGAGACACUUGGUGGCAUCUUUACCAGAUUGAUCAACAGGAACACUACCAUUCCUACAAAGAAGAGUCAGGUGUUUUCUACCGCCGCUGACAAUCAGACUCAGGUUGGCGUCCGUGUCCUCCAGGGUGAACGUGAGAUGGCUUCCGACAACAAGCUCCUUGGUGAAUUUGAGCUCGUCGGCAUUCCACCAGCACCGCGAGGCAUGCCCCAGAUCGAGGUCACCUUUGAUAUCGACGCAAAUGGAAUUGUGACUGUUUCUGCCAAGGACAAGGCCACCGGAAAGGAACAGCAGAUCACCAUCCGGUCCUCCGGCGGCCUCUCUGAGGAUGAGAUUGAGAAGAUGGUGAAGGAGGCUGAGUUACACUCACAAAAAGAUAAGGAAAGAAAAGCUCUCAUUGACAUCCGCAACAGUGCUGACACAACCAUCUACAGCAUUGAGAAGAGCCUGAGUGAGUACAGGGAUAAAAUCCCAGCUGAGGUUGCCUCAGAGAUUGAGUCAUCCGUGGCUGAGCUUCGCCAAGCAAUCGCCGGAGAUGAUAUUGAUCGGAUCCAAGCGAAGCUUGACGCCGCAAACAAGGCAGUUUCGAAGAUAGGACAGCACAUGUCUGGAGGAGCGGGUGGUUCUCAGGGCUCUCAGGGCGGCGAUCAGCCUCCUGAGGCAGAAUACGAGGAGGUGAAGAAGUAAGCUCUUCAAUUUCAUAGUAUUUACACUUUUGCUGCUUAGAAUAUUAGAGCCAAAUUUGUGCUAUCUGUCCAAUUAUCCUUUGCAAUUGACAAAUGAUGAGUUCCAAAAAUUUGGCUUGGGCAUAAUUAAACCUUUUGUGAUUGCCCUAGCAUGGCAUUGUAUGCCUCUCUCAUGUGAGUUUUUAUUUUAUUUAUUUUUAUAUAUAUACUGUUUUGGAUAUAGCUCCUGCUAACUUCUCCAUAUGUCCAGUUCGAUAUGCAAAUGUGCUUUAUUUGUGAUAAUAAUGAACAGCAGGGUAUGCUAAUGCUUUAGAUUUUGAUCCAUUCCUAUA